AUGACGAUACCGUCUACAACACCUUCUAUGUUAUCAUCAUAUGCGAGUGUACUGUCGUCCAGUAGUCCAGUAUUUUAUCGACCUGGAGUGUUUGCUGUUGGCCCAGCGUCCAUCAGUCUCAUGUCAAUAACACCAUCAACAAGUCGACCAAUAACAACACUAUCUACUCCGCGUUCUGCAUCGUCGUUGUAUGCUGGUGCACUAUCGCCGAAUAGUUCACUUUUUUCGCGACCUCAAACUGGCAGUGGCGUUCAAUACUUUUAUCAGGCCAUUCAAGUCACUGUAUCUGUAGCUGUUGUAGCCAUUGGUCCAGCAUCUGUUGGUCUCACGUCUAUCACACCAAACACAACAUUGUUGACAACCUAUCCGAGUACGCUACGGGCAAGUAGCCCAGUAUUUUAUCGACCCAAUGGUGAAAAAACAGAUUUAUAUUACUAUCAAACUAUUCAAGUCACUGUGCCUAAAGAUGGAACUUACUCUUUUGCAAGCGUAUCUGAUAUCAGUACCAUAGGCUAUUUAUACGACACAUCUUUCGAUCCAUUUAAUCCAUCGUCGAAUCUUGCCAUUUAUAGUGAUAAUGGUGGCGUUAGAAGAGGAUUUCGUAUCAACUUUCUUCUUGCACCUGGACGCACAUACAUUUUAGUUGUCACGACGUCUCAAACAUCUGUCAUGGGAGAUUUUUGGAUAUUAGCUCGUGGUCCAGCUUUGGUCAGUCUUAGAUCAAUACCAUCAACUGGGCUUACAACGACUACUUCAAGUCCCACAACCAGUGCCAACAAUCCAUUGACUGUAGCCACAUCUCCAAGAGGAUCGGCAUCAAUCAAAACAAACUCAAUAACAAUAACAGUUAUUUGUAUGCUGAUUAUGUCAAUGCUACGAAUACUUCAACAGCGUCUCUUCUAA